AUGACAAAAAAGAAGAGGUUCAUCUCAAUGAUCUUACCGAUGAAGACAAACGGAAAUUCUCAUAUGAGCAGAAUGAUCGCUUUGAUUCAACAAUCUAUCCGAGAUGAUAUAUUUUCUUUGUUAAAUCAUGAUGGGUCAUCAAAAUCGGUUUGGGAAGCGUUAAGGGUUAAAGCCGAAGGGGGUAAACAAAUUAAGAAAAACAAAAUAGCUUUACUAAAAAAGGAAUUUGAUUUAUGUAAGCAAAAAGGUCAUUUCAAAAGAGAAUGCAAAAACUCUGAAGUUGACGAAACUGAGAAACCUUUCAAUGAUGAUUAUUAUCGAAAGGCGAUUUACCACCGUAGCAAAGAAGAGCCGAAAAUGAUCGAAAAUAAUCCCAAGGAGAAGUCAAGAGCAUGUGCUGUAAUCCAUGAUGACGAAGGGUAUGAUUGGAGUGAGAUUCUUCCAGAAGAAGAUCGUGUUGAUGAUCGAUUCACAGCUCAUGGCAGAACUAUAUCAAAGAGCAAACAUCAUGUUUUUAUUGCUGAAAUCAAGGAAAGAAGCCGAGAAGAAAUUCUGAGUGAGAAAACCAAAAGAGAAAGAUUCUUUGUUGGGUGCAGGAUUGAGAAAAUGCAAGAAGAAUACGAAGAUGCAAAGUACUGUGGAAGAUACGACAAGAAGAGAGAUUGCUAUGUCAACAGAAAUGGUGAUUCUGUCGUUCACAGAAAAGAAGUGAUUUUUGAUGAUGUUCUUGCAGUAAUUCCUCUGUCCGGCGAAUAUUAUUCGAAUGUCGCAAAAGAUAAAACAGGUUAUAUGAAAAGGCUGGACAAGAUAAUUUGUGACGUGAUGACCGUGAGUUUGAAGAAUAGGGAUGAAGAGAGAAUGAAGAAGAAUGUUGAUGAGAUAGUGAACGAUUUGAAGAAAGUGGCUGAAGAAGUUAAAGUCGAAACUCUGAAAGUUAAGGAUGUGAAGAUAGAAGAGGAAGAGAAGGUGAUAAAAGAAGUUGUUGAAGAAAAAGCUAUUAUUGAAGAACAGCAAGACAAGAAGAAAGAAGAAGAAAAAGAAGUGAAGGUUGAAAGUUUAGCUGGUGUUGGUGGUAAUGCUGGUACUGGUGAAGAAAAGAAGGAAGAUGCUGAUCAAACAAAGACAGCAGAGAAAGCCGAAGUGCCAAUCACUGAGGUGCUUCAGAAGACAACUGAAUGUCAUCAAGAGGAGGGUCAGAGUAGCCUGGCACGAGGAGAGGAGGUUGCUGAUCCCUGA